GAACAACCGCCUAAGUUCCUAACCCAACAGUACUCGUCAUCGCCAUGUCGUCGAGAAGCCUCCCUGAAGAAGUCAUCUUCGACAUUCUCUGUAGACUUCCCGUGAAGUCACUACUGCGAUCUAAGUGCGUCUGCAAAUCAUGGUUCGCCUUAAUCAGCGACCCUCGAUUCGUCAAACAACAUCUGAACCGAGUACUUGAAAGCAUUACCACCCCCAACGACCAUGGCGGAUCCUCUAAUUUCAUCGUCGUCUCUUCUGGAAUUGUCUAUCACGUAGAUGAUGGUUCUGAGACAGCAAUGCAUGAUGGGUCGUCGAGAAAAUUCGAUUUGCCGUUUCAGGAUUCUUUCAGAUGCCCAUGGGUAGCGGGUUCCUGUAAUGGGUUGGUGUGCUUGGCCAACGAGACAUACGAUGACACCCUAGAAGACUUGAUUGUAUGGAACCCAUAUAUCGGAGAUUACAUUAAGUUGCCGGAAGCCCCUUUUGAGCUUCCUCCAUCCUCCCUACUAAUGAAUGAUGUUUCGGCCUUCGGCUACACCUCCGCCCUUGACGAAUACAAAGUCGUAAAAAUUAUUCAUACUCUUGAUAUUUCAAGAAGACCAGGAGUCAAUCGAUCCAUAAUUCUGGUGCAUACGCUCGGAACUGAUUCGUGGAGAAAGAUUGGGGAAGACGUCUCUUUCCAAAUUGACCGUCGUUCUGGUGGACUUCUUUUACAUGGAGCUAUUCACUGGGCGGCGAUUCGCCUAAUUCCGGUGGGUGUGAUGAGUCUCAUUGUCUAUUUCGAUCUUGAGGACGAGGCUUUCUGGGAGCUCCCGCCGCCCGACAUAGGAGAGGUUGAUAAAGAUUCCUUUCAAUUGGGGGUGUUGAGAGGAUGCCUCUGUGCAUUUCAUUCUGUUCUUGGGGAAAGGAUUGACAUUUGGAUAAUGGAAGAUUACGGGAAGAAAGAGUCCUGGAUUAGACGGUUCUCUUACCAAUCGCGAGCAAUAGCUAGGGGUUUAGAAUCGUAUGAACCAACGUGGUUUGUGAGGGAUGGGGAGAUUUUUCUCAAGAAUGCUUCUGGAGAGGUGGUUUUGUAUCACCCGAUACGCGAAAGGGUUCUUCCGCUUCCAAAUGCUUGGGAUCGGGAAUUUAAAAGAAUACUUGGUUACGUUCGGACCCUUGUCUCGCCGCUUUCUCUCAACACUAACAGUGGAAUAGAUAGGAAACCUAAGCGAGAAAAGGAAAGAAGGAAGUUCAGGUCAGAACAUGUCAGUAUGAAUUCUCCUUGGAGUCUUCCACUGCUGAGAAUCUGAGACUGUAGCAAAAGUAGCCAUGACUAUCUAAUCUUCUACCUUGCGCCAGAAAUCAAUUAGACCAACUUGUUGCAACUUUUUAAUCUUAUCAUUGUUUUUCCUUUUGAAUUAUAAAAUAUAAAGCAAGUAAGCAAACCUAUAAACCUAUGAAUUGCACAUUCAUUGCUGAAUACAUCUUGGAUAAUCAUUUUAUGCAAAU